AUGGAUUGUGUUCUAAAAUGCACAUGCCCGAAAAGUCCGAAUUUAAAUUCUUUACAACAUCCUUUACUAACAAAGCAGCAAAAUAUUUUAGAACAUACCGGACAAGAUUCAAGGUAUUUAAAUUGCAAAUCGGUAUGUGAUGCGAACACAAGUCCAGGCUUACGUUGCAUUCGAAGCCCGAAAAUUGAUCAGAAACAUGCUUGUGAAGAAAAUUUGCUCAAGGAUUUUAAUAAAAAUGUAAAUGAGAAUACGGAUAAAAAUCAGAGAUAUCAUGCAAAGCCGAAUCCAAGUCCUAGACGUUUAAUAUCAACAAGAAAUGCCGCUACGAGCCCCCAUUUGGAUAUGAGAAAAGUUCAAAGAAAUGAAUUGAAAACUAAAGAUGUGAGAAAAGAAAAAUAUAUUGAAAUGGGAAAUACUGAAGUUGCAAUAUCAUCCAAUCGCGCUUCCUUAGAAAAAUCUAAUUCUUUGGGUGAAUCAAAACCAAAUCGACAAUUAAGGACUACCAGAAGUUUGUCCCCUAGGCCCCCUGUUCGUCAUCAACAUGCCAUUAUGGUUUCAGAUGAAAAUGAUAUAGUUUCUGUAAAGGUUUCACCAAGUGAUGAUUAUGAGACUUCAUUAAAUAAUAAUCAUGAAAAUAAUAAUCCAAACAACAUAAUGAAUAAUAAUAUUGCUUCAGCAUCGAUUCCUCUCAAUAAAGCUUCAUUUCUAGAUCGUACUACUGAGAAAAUAGACAUAAAAAGGAAACAUAAAGCAAAAAGUGAACAAACAUCUCCAAACAUUUCCGAUUUUGACGGCAUAUUUACGUAUGAAUGUAAGGCAAAUAAUAAAAGUACAGGUUGCUUAAUAUAUGUUCCCUCAGACCCAUGGCUGAAGAUGCCCGAUUCUGAAAAUAGGAAUGACAUAAUUGUAUCAUCUUUGAGAAAACCAAAACUAAGUACAACAAAAAGUUCUAAAUUGUCGAAGGAAACACGCUCUCUAAGUCGUGGCAAUAUUGAUACGUCUGAUCCAUGGGUUUGGAGGAAAGAAUCUGAAAUUAUUAAUAAAAUAUCUACUAGUAAUAAUAAUAUUAAACGUUCUCCAAAACAAGAUGCAUAUCGUCAAUCAAAAUCGUUUUCAGUUACGAAAUUUGCUGAUUUUUCGAUAUCGGAUAAUAAUUUUACAAACACUAAUAAUAGACCAAAAUUACAACGAUGUAAAUCACCAUUUUUUACGGAAGACGAGUUUAAGCGGGCUCUUAACAAUAAAAUACCUCCACCACCUUCAUCGCCAACAUUUCUUAUAGCUCCACCAGAUAAUCAGUAUUCGUCUACAUCAAUAUAUAACUAUCCAUCGGUUCAACAAACAUCCCAACCUCAACCAACAUCACCAUCGGCAGUUAAUAAAUCUAAUCGAAAUAUUAUAUCGGCAAAUUGCUCACCUCGUAAGGAUUCUUCAUUAAGUUUUCAAUUGCAACAAAAUCAACCGCAACAACAUAAACAGCAGCAACAACAGCAAUCUCAGCAAAUUAAUAAAAGCUUAUUGAAUGUUUUUAAUCCGAACAUAAUGCAAGCAAGGCAUAGUUUUUCAUCAGGUUCUACUUUAUCAACACAAAAAGAUGACGAAUUACAGUUAAAUAUACGCCGUUUGAGUGAACAAAUUAAACAUAAUCAAAGCGGUAGUAACUCUGGUAUUGUUGGUAUCGGAAGUAGUGGCGGUGCUGAUUUCUCUGAUUAUUUAAAACAAUUUCGUUGUAGUGAAGCUAAAAAAGCAGCAGCCGAAUUAGCUGCAUUGCAGCAAUCAUCAACAAAUUCUAAUACAAUUACAUCAACGAUAAGUACUGCACCCUCAUCAUUAACUCAUGAACAAUCUGUAAUAAAAUCACCUAGAAAUACAACGAAAAAUUCUGAUCGGGUAUUAGAGACAACGUGUUAAAAUAAAUUAAAAUUUAUAUUGGAAGAAAAUAUAAUACAUAUAUCUAUACAUAAUAUUAUAUAUAUAUUUUAUUUUGUAUCUUUAAGCAACUUAAAAUAUUUUUUUUUUAAUUUAAUUAUAAGAAGAAAAGUAUUUAAACAAGGAAAAAAAACAAUUAAUGAAGAAAAAAGUGAAAAACGCAAAAAAAAAUUUACCGGAAAAUUGACUUAAUUAUUCUAUAAUUAUUAUUUUGUGAUAAUUUCUUUUACAUAUUAAUAUAUAUCUACGCAGAAUUUAUGUAUGAUUUGUUUAUAUAUUGUAAUAGUAGUUUCAUUUUGCGAAAUUUAAAUUUCAAGAAUUGCAGUUUAGCCGAGAGAUUUAUUAGAAAGUGCAUAUAAGUUAUAUUUUAUAGCAGUUUGUAAUGAAAUUAUUUUCAAAAAUAAUAAUUAUUGUUUAAAAAUAUAACAACGUAAAAUUUAAAUUGUGCAAUUUCAAUUUUUCCAGAAUAAAUUUAUAAAUUUAAUUUCAUUGUAUUGAAUUUUUAUUUCAUAGUAUUUAUAUAAUAAAACAAAAAAAUAAAAACAAUUAAUUAAACAUAUAUUUUUUUUUAAAUUUGCAUUAUGUUAUAAAACUUUGUAUCCAGUUCAAAAAAAUAUUGUAUUCGCAUUUAAUAAUUUAAUUGUAUACAUACGUAUAUACAUAUAUUAUAUUAAAAUACAUAAAAUAUUAAAACAGUUGUAUCGCUCAAUGUCUAUGUGUUCGCAAUAUUAUUAAAAAAGUAAAUAAUAUUCUAACUUUUUUAUUUAUUUGAAAUAAAAUUCGUCAAUUUUUCUAAUUUUCGUGCAAUCAUUCACUUAUAAUUCAAUUAAAUUUUUCUCUUGAGAUAUUUUGAACAUUUUGAGAGUAUUGACUGUAAGUUAAUUAUAUUUUAAGUAAGUUAAAUUUUUUAAAAAAAAAUUUUUAAGUAAUAUAAAUAUUUCAAAAUAAAAAUAAUUUCAUAUUAUCAUUAGAAUUUAUAACAUAUACACAUAUACAUAUAUAAAAAUACAAAAAAAAAAAAUAAAAUAUCAAUUAAGUUAAUUUUAGAAACAAUCAAUUACAAGUUUAAUUUAAAUUUCAUCAUAAAUAUAUUUUGCAAAAUCAAAAUAAAUUGUAAAAGAGAAUGUUAAAAUAACUUAAAAGCAAAUAAUAAAAUUAAAUAAAUUUUUAAAUUAUUUUACUUUUUAUUUUUAUUAUAAAAUUUUCAUAUAAAUACAUACCAAUAAUUAAAAUAUUAAAAAUAAAUGUGAAAGUAAAAAUACUUUAUUCAAAAGUAAAUAUAUUUUGUGCCAAGUUAAAUCUGAUUUAUUUUUAAUUACUACAAUCAAAUUAUAAUAAAAUUAAAAAAAAAAUAUAUAAAAAAAAAAGAAAUAUUAACUGAAAAAAAGUUAUUUCAAAAUUAAAAGAAAAUUAUAAGCGAAUGGAUACAAAGAAAGGAAGAAAUCCAAAACAAUUAGUUAUAAGUAAAAAAAAAAAAACUAUUUCAAAAUACGAAAAAGCUAUUUAACACACAAAAAAUAAAAAAAGUACCACA